AUGAAAUCAACACCUAUAUUGGCCACGAUAUCUUCUCUAACUUUGCAAAAUUGCAGAUGCGUCGACGUCCUAUCCGGAGACAGUGAAGAACUGGGUUGCAAGUGUCCAACCUAUCACUCAAGUAUUCUGCAAUAUGCUCAAAGAGACUUUGCUGAAGUGAACAAAGCGGAUGCGGCGACGGCGACAAUCCUCCAAUGGUCAAAAGUGACUUCUUUCCCACCCAACAAACAUGUACGAACGGGUUUGGCAAAGCUAAAAAAUUGCGAGGAAGUGAGAACAAGAGUUCAAAAUAUUCUGCGUUGUCCGAAAAGUGGAGAUUCUCCACAAGAAAUAAAUCGAAACGCGCUGUAUUUUUUCGAAAAUCUAUUGGAAGACGCCGAAAACGUCGGCAAACCAAAAAGAAAAAAAUGCGUGGAAGAAUCGGUUGUCCUGAUGCCUACCGCCCUGAAAACUAUGUUAAAUGUGGAAAAAACUACGCCACAUUUCUUCAUCCAUUCUUCGGACCUCCUCGCUCAACUAGAAGCUUUUGAUUACCAGAGUAAUCAGAAACUGAUGCUCAUUAUUCCGCUGUCAGCCGAAUGGGACAAUAAAUAUGAUCAAAAGAUCACCAAUAGAGUUGUGGAAAUAAGCCAAACGGCUUCUAUCACAAUCAUUCCGACAAUCGCGUAUGGGACACCUACACAGAGCGCCAACAUCCUAGGAACCUUUCAACAUUGGAAGAAACUCGAAAACACCCAGCUGAAAGUCGUAUCACCAACGUCCCCAGUUCCUUCGGACCAGCUCAACAUCAUGCUCCUGUGCACCAUCACCGAUAAGGGCAUCAACGCGAGCCAUCAACAAUGGAAACUGUGGGCUGACACCGUCCAGCUCAUCCUGCCCGAAGUGCCGAAAAUCGACAUCAUCCAACCUCGAAAUCAACCGCCUGCGGCUCCGCAACGCCCACAACUGCCAACAUCGCCGGCGCCCAACAUCCUGUCAUCCCAAAGUGGCCAUCACAUUAAACGACGUGAGGACACGUCUUCCUUCUGCGGCGGAGAAGUGAAGAAAAAGAAAUAG